CUCGCACACCUCCCCAACAAAGUGCCUCGGUACUACAAUGAAUCGCAAGCCUGCCAAACCGAUGCUCCAAAUCGGCGAUGAGGUGAAGGUGCAAUGCCCCGCCGCCGACGAUAUACAGAUGUACCCAGUAAUAUCGGAACAAGAUGGGAAUUCCCCUGGGCAUAGACCUACAAUUUCGCAAUGCCCCGCCGUCGACGAUAUAGAGAUGGACAGUGAAAUUUCGGAACAAGAUGGGAAUUCCCCUGAGCACACCUCCCAAACAAUGUGCCUCCGUACUACAAUGAAUCGCAGGGCUGCCAAACCGAUGCUCCAAACCGGCGGUGCGGUGAUGUUGCAAUGCCCCGCCGUCGACGAUAUGCGGAUCUACCACCGUAUCUGCAUAUCGGAACAUGGGAAGCCCCUUGAGCCUAAAGGUUCCAUAUCGUCGUCCGAACCUGCUAAAUAUGAAAUUAUAAGGAACCAAAUGAAGCAUCGGAACAUGGAUUUCACUCAAUUCUACAGGGCUGUUACCACCAACGACAUUGAUUCCUUCCACCGCCUUUCAACAAAUCUUGAUUUGGAGAUUUCUCUUUUCGAGCAACAAGCAUCUCGAGAAGAUACACUCCUUCAUAUUGCAGCAAGCUUAGGCUAUCAUCUGCUCGUUGAAGAGAUCCUCAUGAAAUUUCCGGAACUUGUUAAAUUCACGAACUCAGCAGGCAAUCUCCCUCUCCAUGUUGCUGCCAGUUCCGGGCACCUUGCCACACUCGAAAUUUUGCUCGUCCAUGGAGAAAAGGUAAAUCUUUCUGACUCUUGUAGUACUAGCACUAGUACUAGUAGUAAUAAUUUGCCGCUAAUAAGAGUGACGAAUAAUGAGAAAGAGACAGCCUUGCAUUUGGCAUUGAAGAAUCGACACAACGUGAUCGCCCGAAUGUUGUUCGACAAAGAUCCAAAAGUGACACACGAUGUGAACAGUGAAGGAAAAUCUCCUCUGUAUAUGGCUGCUGAAGCUCGUUACAUGGAGCUUUUUAAGGCCAUGAUGGAGCAUCAAGAUGGAAAUAACCCUGAUGAUCUUAUGAAACAAAAAAUUCUCCAUGUUUGCUUUGCUGGAAAGAUUGGAGCACCAGGUAUUUUGGACAUUUUAUUGCUGAAGUGGAAAUCUGCCUUUACAUCGGUUGAUGAAAGUGGGAGAAAUCCUCUCUCCUAUGCGGCACUAGUAGGUUAUACGGAAGGAGUUAGACGUAUACUAAAUGAAUUUAGAGAAUCUUCAUAUGUUGCUGAUGAAAAAGGCUUCUUUCCUAUUCACAUGGCAUCUAGUAAAGGUCAUAUAGAUAUAAUCAAAGAGUUUCUGCUGCAUUGUCCCGAUUCAAGAGAGCUGAACAAUAAUCAAAAUCAGAAUAUUCUUCAUCUAGCCGCAGAGAAUGGAAGGGCCAAAGCAGUAAGAUAUAUGCUAAAGAAUCCUCAACUUCAAAUUUUGAUAAAUGAAAGAGAUUGCAAAGGAAACACUCCUUUACACUUGGCCACAAAAGGUAGUCAUCCUAUGGUUGUUAGCAUUUUGACAUGGGAUUCCAGAAUUGACCUACAACUCAUGAACAAAGAAGGAAAGACAGCUCUUGACGUUGCUCUGAGUUUUAGCACCAGGAUGCCCUCAUUUCGUGAGCGACUGACAUGGCAAGCCUUGAGGCACGCCGGUGCUCGACGAGCUCAGAGCACAAUCGUUGGCAUGCCUAUUGAGCCCCAAAACUCGAAACCAGAAGAGAAUACUGGAAAACAAGUGCAGACACAGACACCGGACACGGAAUUUUACAAGGAUAGAGCUAAUACUCUUCUGUUAGUUGCAACGCUUAUUGUCACCGUAACUUUCGCUGCCGGAUUCUCUGUGCCAGGCAAAGAUGAUGACAGCUCGGAGCCAAGCCAUGGAAUAAUGAGAAACGCAGUCUACAACAAGUUCAUGUUUCAUACAUACAUAAUCAGCAACUACAUAGCUUUUUAUAGCUCCUCUACAGCUGCUGUUGCAAUUAUUUCCCUUAAAUUCGCGGUAACAUUGUUGGGGUUAGCUCUGACCAUGGUAUCGACAGCAUUCAUGGCAGGAGUUCAUCUGGUAGUGAGCAAAAACAUAGGGCUUGCCAUUUUUGUCUUAGUCAUGGGCUUGAUUGGCAUCCUUGCUAUAUCAAUGGUAUUUGCUCCACUUUUUUUCCCAAGUUCCUCACUUCAUCGCAUUACACGCUACAUUUUAUAUUAUCCCUUCCAUUUGUUGGUAAUAGUUACAAGAAGUGAUGUUGAUGACAAUGAUAAAAUCUAAACACUAUGUUUGUAAUAUUG